AUGGUGAGGAAAUCGGGACAUCCUUUGGGAUUUUCAAAUGUCUUUGCCGUGGUGGCCAAAACGUCAGAAAUCAUUUCACACGUUUCCUCAUUGUCAUCUUCCAACAAAGCAAUUGAAUGGAUUGCUGAAUAUGAACCUAGAUUCAAAAGUGCUUUGCAUUUUCAUAAAAUUCAACAACUCGCUCAUCUUCAACUGAACACUUUAAAAGACCAAAACCAGACAUUUACUUCAACUUUUAAUCCUAUGGAAAAUAACAACAACAACAUGAUAAACAUCAUCAUCACCAUUCUUCCAUCUCUCGAUGCCGUUCUCGUCAAUCAAGAACUCGAAGAAGCUCAUCUCAUUGCCAAUGAAUUAAAUUCCAAAUUCUCAGAAUGGUUAUCCAAACAACAAGAACAACAACAAGAAUGGAACAAACAUGUUUCUCCAAUGAAGAUCAUUUCUCAAAUUCAUGUUUCUUCAAAGGAUAAACUGGAAAUGAGUUUCUCUCCACUCGUAGCUCAACAUGUGGGUGAAAUUUUGAAAGAAUUUGCACAUGUUCAUUUCAUUGAAAGAAAACUUGAGGAACAUCAAUGGAUGAAUAAGAAAGCAAGUGUCAUGAUGCAAGGAUUUGGUCCUUCUCCAAGUGUUGGAAUGUCUGCCACUCCAUUCUAUGAUAUGGGAAUUUUCGGAAAUGGACAAAUUGUUGGACUCGCUGAUUCAGGAAUUGAUUGGGACAAUUGUUUAUUUCAUGAUGUAAACAAUCUCAUUGUGAAAACUGACAGUGUCAACAUGAAUCAUCGCAAAAUUGUUGGAUACAAUACGGAAUAUCAUGGAAUUGCUCCAAAUGCAAGACUUUAUUUUACAGAUACACAACAAACAGGAAAUCCAAAAAAUUGGAUUCCUCCUUCGUAUCAUUUUUCCGUUUUCAUUCCUGCCCAUGAAAAAGGAGCAAGAAUCUUUUCAAAUUCAUGGGGUAACAGUCCUGAGGAUUAUUUUUCAUGUAGUUACGAUUGUAAAGAUUGUGUGUGGAGAGAUACGAUGGAUGGUUAUAGAGCUGGACAGAGCGUGACAGAUGACACUUGUCGAGCAUUAUUUGGAAGCGACACUUGUUGUUCUGUUUCUAAUCAAUAUACCUCUCGAUGCCAUGAUGUAGACCUAACUUUGUGGCUUUAUCAAGAUAGUGUCAUUCUUUUUGCACAGGGAAAUUCAGGAGAAAUUUCUUCGAAAGGAAAUAUUGGAUCUCCUGCAACGUCAAAGAAUGCAAUCUCUGUGGGCGCAAGUAUGACCUCAAAUGAUGCUUUCAAGGAAUCAGUUUAUUUUGAAGAUUUUAAAAACAAAAUUCGACUUGCUAAAUUACCGUUCUCAACCCCUGAUGAAUGUUGCGCCUAUUCUGGAAAAGAUCAAUAUUUUAUUCAUAGUUUCUGCUGCCCAUCUAAAGUGGAGGAAGAAUAUACCAGCAAUCCAUCCAUCUACAAUGAAUUCAAUUUGGCUUACUUCUCAUCAAGAGGUUCCGCAGUUGGUAAUCGUAUCAAACCUGACGUGACAGGAAUUGGCUACAAUGUAGUGAGUGCUCAUUCCGAUGGUAAAACAAUUACCGAUCAAUGUGGAACCAACUCUCCAUCUCUUGGAAAUUCAGCUGCUCUCAUGACAUUUGACGGAACCUCCGUGGCCACUGCAUUAGUUGCUGGAGCCGCUGCUUUAUUGAGAGAAUUUUUCCAAACCAAGAUGAACCUUUCGAAACCAUCAGGUCCUUUAUUGAAAGCAGCUCUCGUCCACAGCUCCAUUCCCAUGACAGGAACUGUAGCUUAUUCCUACGACAAGAAUCGACGAUUAAAACUCUCAAAUUUGGGAAGCCCAAACUCGUACGAAGGUUUUGGAAGAGUUUAUUUGGGAAGUUUGUUACAAAAUCAAGAUGGUAUUCCCUUGACAAUUCUUAUCAAAGAAAAAUCCUUUAAAACCAGAUCACAGUCUCUCCAAUUAUGUUUCAAGAGAAAACAAGAGCUUUCAAACUUCACCCUUUUUAAGGCCACUCUUGCAUGGUAUGAUUUUCCAGGAAGUAUUGCGGUUGUGCCUCAACUUUUGAGUGAUUUGGAUUUAUUCGUCAAUACCUAUGUGAUCAGCAGAGGCAAUAUUUCAACACUCUCUGUGAUUGCUGGAAAUUAUGGAGACCGAGUGGACACGACGAACAAUGUGGAAAGAGUGGUGGUGGAAGAAUUACCCUCUUCAUCCUUGAAAGAUCAUUCCGUCUUCGUGACUGUUGCCGUAUAUGUGACUUCACUCUUUGACGAAAAUCGAACAAAACAACCUUUUGCUCUUUUAAUGACUUAUCCGAAGGAUAUGUUUGAGGAAGUGGAUCCAACAACGGACCCUUCGUGUUUCUAUACCACUGAUUUUCCUCCCAAGGAGGAGCCUCUUUCAGAUCUUUCAGAUGAAGUUAUUGUUGGAAUUGUGUUUGCAGCCAUGUUGGGAGUGUUGGUGGUGGGUUUAGUGGUGGUGGUGUAUUUCGCGGUGAAAAGACGACGAUCACCAAAUACAGCUGUUGCUGUUGAAGGUUAA